AUGCUACUGUCCCUGGGUCCAAACCUGCGGCUUUUGCGGCUACUAUUGUGUAUAACUAUUGUUUUAAAUGUUCAAAUCACAAAUGGUAAGAAAAACUUGAAAAGUGCAUGUUCGACAUGUCGACAAAUUACCGACAACUUCAACAAGGGCUUUGAUAAAACAUCGAACCAGAACUUUGGCGGAGGGAACACUGCCUGGGAGGAAAGGACACUAUCUAAAUAUGAAACGAGUGAGAUUCGUCUGAUGGAGAUUAUAGAGGGGUUGUGUGACAGCAGCAGUUUUGACUGCAAUCAAAUGCUAGAGGAGCAUGAAGACCAUUUAGAAACUUGGUGGUUCAAGAGGAAAUUGAAAAAUCCUGAUCUCCACAAGUGGUUCUGUAUUGAGACGAUCAGUGUUUGCUGUCCAAACGGAACUUUUGGUCCAGAUUGCAAUGCCUGCGUUGGAGGCUCUGAUAAGCCAUGUCACGGGAAUGGCCAGUGUGACGGGGAUGGCACCCGAGGAGGGAAUGGCAAAUGCAGCUGUGACUCUGGAUAUGAAGGAGAGUUUUGCCUGGACUGUGUUGACGGAUACUUUAAUCAAGAGAAAAACGAAACCUUUUCUCUCUGCAUGGAAUGCCAUUCAUCCUGUAAAACGUGCAAUGGACCAUCUCACCAAGACUGCGAUGAAUGCAAGGAUGGCUGGGAAGAAGACGACAAUGAAGCGUGUGUUGAUGUCAAUGAGUGCACUAAAGAAGCCUCACCUUGCAAAGAGGACGAGCACUGCCUUAAUACAGAAGGCUCUUUCUCCUGCAAAGGUUGCGACAAAGUGUGCGUGGGCUGCACUGGUCCGGGGCCUGGAAACUGCAAGACUUGUGCGAGUGGGUACCAGUUAAUAGACGGCAACUGCACUGACGUGGAUGAGUGUUCCCAGCAGGAGCCGGUGUGCACCAAGGAGCAUCAGGACUGUGUUAAUACCAAAGGCAGUUUUGUGUGCAUCUGUGCAUAUGGGUUUGAAGAGGAAGGAGGAGAAUGUGUCCAAAAGCCACAACCAGAAGAAAAAUCUGUAGACGGUACAACAGAACCUACUGAGACAUCGCAACACACGGAGCUUUGA